GGGGAGGGAAAGAGGAGGGGGAGAGCGGAAGCUACUGCUGAAGUGAAAAGCAAUUUAUCCUCUGCUGAUCGAUUCAUCGUUGUUGAAGGCAGAUCAGAGGAUGCCUCAGGCUGGAAAAGGUGGCAUCAUCCUUUAUGAUGGCGUGUGCAACCUCUGCAACGCAGGCAACACAGCCACACACAUCGAAAGCCAGCAGCACGCGGGCAGGCAGCCCUCUCAUGUUUUUGUGUGUGAUUGGCUUUCAGGCAUCUGGUACGUGAUUCGGCGUGACCCUCAGAAGCUGCUGCACUUCUGCAGCGUGCAGACAAGGAAGGGCGAGGAGCUCGCGGCGUCCGUCAAGCUGCGACAGGCCGACCUGCUGCGGCGCUUUGCCUUCAUCGACCACGACACUGGCAAGGUCUACCGCGCCUCAACGGCCGCCCUGCAUGUGGCCAAAUACCUGCCCUACCCGGAGAAGCUGGCAUACAAUCUGCUGGUUAUCCCUGAGGGCAUCCGCGACUUCGUGUACGACGCCGUCGCUGCCUCGAGGUACCCGGUGUUUGGUCGGACGGACGUCUGUCAGCGGCCGACGCCCGAUGUGCUGGACCGUUUUGAGGACCGGGAUGAGCUCGAGAAGGAGGGCAAGGCCUCACGCGUGUGGAAGUGAGUGGGCAUAUGGAUGGGAGCAUGGAGAGGCCGAGAGAGGGAGACAGACAGCCAGCCACCGGUUUGUUUCCUUGGUAGGGGUAGGUAGGUAGAGUAGAGCCCCUAUGGGACGGACGGACGCAUUGAUUGGUGCCCUAGCUGACUGACAGCGUGUGUGAAUAGACAAGCUUAUGGGACGGGACAGCUGCCUGCAGUGGCUAGAGGGACGUAGGC